AUGCAAGAUAUUAGUAAUAGUAAUAAUAAUAACUUUGAAAAAGAUAGAAUAUUUAAAUUUAUAAUAAAUAAUAAGAUAUUAAGAAGAUUAAUAAUCAAUCAUGUAGAUGAGAUAUCAAAGUUUACAAGUGGACACUUGAGUAUAAAGACUGGGUUAGAGAUUACAUCUUCACAGUCGAUGAUGUGGUAUCACAAGUAUGGUUAUGAAAGAAACAAGAUUAUUGGCAUGUACGAUAGUGUCAAGCAGGUGCUGGGUGCAAAUCAGUGGCCGAUACUUCAGAUGGCACUGAGGUUUGACAAUAUGGAGUUGGCAAGACACGUCUACAAGUAUUUGAUGGAGCAUACACACGGACCGAUCAUUCACUCGCUCAAUGAGACGGUGGCUAUUCGAAACCUAGACACGAUUGAAAAGGUAGAGAUGGUGAUCAAUGUAGAGGCAAGAUCACACCAACGCACGUUACUCUCCAUACCACGACCAUUCCAGUCAAAGGCAAUGUUCUCACGUGACUGCAAGACGAUACUGUACACUUCGAUUGUCAACUAUUCGAUCAUGUCUGCGUGGCGUCACAACAACAUAGAGUUGGCACGAUGGGUGGUCAAUCGUCUGCGUGGCUAUAUCGAGAAAUACAAGAUUGUUUUGGCCGUAGAGACUGACAGUUUAAAGGAGAAUACGUUGCUUGAAAUGGUUCAGUUUAUUUAUGAAUCGGGUAUCAGGAGAACGUGGAAUGACAUAUUGCGCAAGGCAACGGUUCUAGGUCGCGUCGAUGUCCUUGAAUACCUCUUACCACGUGUUCCAACACACCAUCUCUACCUCAUCGAUUAUGCAGCCGGUGAAGGUAACCUCGAUAUGAUACACACCAUCCUCAGACUACGUCCAACCGAAACGAUUCUAAACGCAUUUGCAAAGGCGUGUAUGGGUGGCAGUGUCCCCAUCUUUCGUUUCCUAGUCGAGAGAUUCCCCAAUGCAGCCGUUGGCAACAUGAUUCUCAACCAGUCUCUCAUCGCAGGGCACAUCGAUAUGGCUAAUUAUAUCCUCGACCACGUUCCAUGUCCUCCAACCAAACCAACCAAAUAUUUUGUCGUCAAUUCAAUGCAUGAUGACCUGCUGACAAUCGAUCUACUCGAUACUCUGCUGGGCAAUAAAAAGGUUGAUUGUCAAUUCUCGACAGUCUAUUCGGCGGCGGUUCGUAAAGGGUUGACGGCGGUCGUCUCGCAUUUAGAUGUUUCAAUGCACAAUUUUGACAAGGUCAAUUUUGACAAUGCACUGCAACACGCGACACGAGCCAAUGAUUUGGCCAUGGUACAGUCGAUUUUGGUGCAUCACGGGGACUACCCCAAAUACACUAAUCUUGCUCUGGCAGUCCAACCAGAAUGUUCAUCCGAGAUUGUUCGCGCCAUUGCAUCGAGUGAUAUCAUGUUUAACAAAACAUCGCAUUCAAUCAGUCCGUCAGACCUACGUACUCUAUCAGAGAACCAGUACUACAACACCAUCAAGAUUCUACACGAGUAUGGUCGUGUCAAAAAAUUCUCUGAACUCACGUUUGAACAAAGUUGUACGUCAAAUAGUAUAGAGAUUGUACAGUUACUACACACUAUACCAGGUAUCCGCGCCUCGUAUAGGACAUGGGACAAUACAGUCUCGCGCGGUCAUAUUCGAGUGAUGGACUUUUUACUCGAGAAUCGUACCGAGGGUUGUUACAAUGCAGUCGUGUUGGCAUGUGAAUCUGGUCGCAUUGAAAUGGUCGAAUGGCUCAUGACCAAUGCCAAAAAACUCAUUGCCAUCACCCAACCUGGAAACAGCAAGUUGGUAGCAUCUUUGGAACGCCAAGAAAUCACUCUCUCCCAACUAGACUAUUUCCUAAGAACAAGACCAAAAAGUUUAAUGGAUCCUGUCAAUUUUAAUAGACUAGCUGAAAUUGAGUCAGCCGAUGGAUCACCAAUUCCACAAUACCAACCAGAAAAAUAUCAAGGUGAAUUGAUCAAGGCAGCGUUAAGAUGUAACAAUAGCAAUGCAUUCGAGAUGGUGAAAUAUUUACACGAAAAACAUGGUCAACAGAUAUUAAAGACCGAUACAAGUGGUAUUAUAACAAACAAGGGUACGACGUUGGAGACUAUAAAAUACUUGGUAGAUAAUAAUAUGUUGGUGCCAGACUUUGACUUGAAUCGCAAUACGAUUGAACGUGUGGUUCGUAUGAGCAACUCGGCCGAUCUAAUACGUUAUCUACUUGGUAUAUUUCAUCGUAUUCCACCAAUGGUCACAGUCAAGGGAAAGGCACUAAACAACAUGAGCAUCACCAAUGCCAUCAACACGGCCAUCAAUUCAAAUCGUUGGGAGAUUGCUCAAAUGUCAAUCCAAUUCUUUGAUGCAAGACAUUAUUUCACCGCCGACAAUCUUAGAAUAUUUUAUCACAAUAGUAUUAAAUUGGGUAAUCUUCCUCUUAUUCUAUACCUUUCUAAAAAACAACAAACUCAUUCAAAAAAUAAUUAUAUAUUUAAAAUAUUUACACUCAGACGCAAGAUUUGUAAUUAUAUCAAUGAUAUAUCUACUGCUGAACAACAAAGAGAAAAAGAAAAGAUAUAUAUAAAAGGAAGAGAUAUAAUCAAACUAUGGGAUAUUCGAAUGUUGUCAAAGUAUGCAUUACCAUGGCACUUUGUUAAACAUUAUCUACCCAAUGAUUGUAAAGAGAUCAACGAGUAUAUUAGAUAUCAAGCAAUCAACAAGUAUGCAGCCCAUCCAAAUGCAACUGUUGACACAUUACAACAUCUUAUUGAAUGGUCACCUGAUGUCUAUUUUGUUGGUGAUUAUCUAGACAAGACUGCAAUCAAUGGAAAGAUAGAUAUAUUAAAGAUGAUUCAUCAAAGAUAUCCAAAUACAAUAUUGCAUACAAGUAAAUCAGUUGAAAUUGCUGCUUGGAAUAGUCAUUUGUCAGUCAUUCAAUUGCUACAUUCAAUCGAUAAUCAAGGAAUCCCUAUAUUUACAACACAUGUUAUGGAUAAUGCAGCUAAAGUAGGUAACCUGUCUAUCAUUCAAUGGUUACAUCAAAAUAGAAGUGAAGGUUGCUCAGAGAAAGGAAUCGAUUGGGCAUCUGAAAAUGGACACUUUGAAUGUGUAAAGUAUCUAGUAGAAAAUACAAAUCAAGAAGGAACAGAGGAUGCAAUGGAUAUGGCUGCAUCCAAUGGGCAUUAUGAUAUUGUUUGUUAUUUACAUCAACAAGGUUACAUGUGUACAACCAAUGCGAUGGAUGGCGCAGCAAAAAAUGGUCAUUUAAUUGUACUCAAAUUUCUUCAAGAGAAUAGAAAUGAAGGUUAUUCUUUUAAUGCACAUUAUCUUGCUUCUAAAAAUGGUCAUUUGAGUUGUGUAAUGUAUUUAGAUCAUCAUGGUGGAGAAGAUUAUUUUUCAUUUCAAGUUGCAUGUGAAAAUGGCCAUAUAUUAGUGGUAGAAUAUUUACAUAGGAAUAAAUAUCGAAAGUGGUCAUUCCGUACUCUCAAACAGGCAACCAAGAAUGGUCAUCUAUCAACAGUCCAAUAUUUAGUUCUAUACAACAAAAAAAAUGAAUUUAAUGAAUCUCUGAUAGAUAUUGCCGCGGAAUUUGGACAUUUAAAGGUGAUCGAGUUUCUUCAUACACACGAAAUAUUUAAAUGUUCAACCAAAGCUAUGGAUAAAGCAGCAGCUGGUGGUCAUUUAGAUGUAUUACAAUUCCUUUAUUUCAAUCGAACUGAAGGAUACUCUAAUGAAAUUGCUGAAUUAGCAGCUAUCAAUGGUCAUUUAGAUGUAUUAAUUUGGAUACACAACACUCUAGUGAACAACAAUGAACUUCAUUUAUUUACACAAAGAGUAAUGGAUUUAGGAGUCAGAAGUAAUAAUAUCAAUGUUGUAAAAUGGUUACACAAAAAUCAAACACACUAUUCUUUUUCUAGAGAUAUAAUAGAUGAUGCAUGUACAAUGGGACAAUUAGAUAUUGUACAAUAUCUUUUUGAAAAUACUACUAUAGGAUGUAGCGGUAAUGCAAUCAUACAAGCAACUAAAAAUGGUCAUUUGGAAAUCGUUCAAUAUCUCUUGACCAAUCAAGCAAUCCAAAAUUUGGAUGCAUUUCUAUAUACUCUUUUGUUCAAAGCUUCAUUGGACCAUCCAAUGAUAUCUCUAUAUCUAUACAAUUAUAAUAACAAUAACAACAAAAACUUUCCAAACUCAAAUCUAGAUAUUGGGAUGGGGUUUAAAGCAGAUAGAUUAACCCUAGAUCAUCUACAAGAUUUCUCAAUCUCUUGUUAUAUGUUGGAAAGGAGUGGUGCUGGUUGUGACUAUAGUGCCAUUCAAAAUAUCUAUCUAGGACAUCCAACAAUGUUGUCCUAUUUGUAUAACAAGGGAGUUGAUAUAUCAAAAUUUCUCAUAGAUGCUGUAAAAUAUGGUCAUUUAACAAUAAUUAAAUUUCUUGUUGAAAAAUACCCAGAUUUGAAAAAAGAGGAAUCUGCAAUCGAACAUGCUUGUUCCAAGAGUCAUGAAAAUAAUAUAAAGAGCCUUGAGGUGAUGGAUAAUUUAGAGUCAUAUGAAGAUGCUAUCAAUAAUACAAAUAAUAAUAAUAAUACAACAACAACAACAACAACUGUAACAACAAAUGUCAAUAGAUUUAUAGAUGUAUUUAGGAGUUCAAUACUUCGAGAUCAGAUAUUUAAAUCGAUUACAUUACUUUCACAAUACCAAGAAUAUAUUAAAGAUGUUUAUGAAAGAGACCAGAAACUUAAACAUAAAAGGUAUAUAAAAGGAAGAGAUAUAAUCAAACUAUGGGAUAUUGGAAUGUUGUCAAAGUAUGCAUUACCAUGGCACUUUGUUAAACAUUAUCUACCCAAUGAUUGUAAAGAGAUCAACCGGUAUAUUAGAUAUCAAGCAAUCAAUGAAUAUGCAGCUCAUCCAAAUGCAACUGUUGAUACAUUACAACAUCUCAUUGAAUGGUCACCAGAUGUCUAUUUUGUUGGUGAUUAUAUCGAUGGGACUGCAGUCAAUGGAAAGAUCGACAUUUUAACAAUGCUUCAUCAAAGAUACCCAAAUACAAUCAUUCAUACAAACAAAUCAGUUGAAGGUGCUGCGACCAAAGGUCAUAUGUCAGUCAUUCAAUUCCUACAUUCAAUCGAUAAUCAAGGAAUCCCUAUAUUUACAACUGAAGUAAUGGAUAAUGCUGCUGAAGCAGGUCACCUUGCUCUAGUUCAAUGGUUACAUCAAAAUAGAAGUGAAGGUUCAACAGAGAGAGCAAUCAAUCUAUCAUCUAAAGGUGGACAUUUUGAAUGUGUAAAGUUUCUUGUAGAGAAUACAAAAGAAAAGGGAACUGAAGAGGCAAUGAACCUAGCUUGUUUUGAUGGACACUAUGAAGUUAUUAAAUAUUUACAUCAACACGAUUAUUUGUGUACAACCAAUGCAAUGGAUUGGGCUGCUCUUGGAGGUCACUACUAUGUCAUUAAAUUCCUACACGAGAAUCGUACUGAAGGGUGUACCCAAAAGGCCAUCAACCUUGCCGCCAAAUUUGGUUAUUUAGAUUGUAUAAAGUAUUUAACAAUGAAUAGAAGUGAAGGAUGUACAACUGAUGCUAUGAAUAUGGCCGCUAAAAAGGGACAUUUAUCAGUGGUUGAAUAUUUACAUUUUAAUAGAACUGAAGGAUGCACACAACAAGCGAUGGAUAAUGCAUCUCGAAAAGGUCAUUUAUCAGUGGUAGAGUUUUUACAUCGUAAUAGAACUGAAGGGUGUAGUGAAGAUGCGAUGAAUGGUGCCGCUGCCAACGGCCAUUUACAAGUUGUAGAAUUUUUAAAGGAAAAUAGAAGUGAAUGGUGUACAAAGGCAUCAAAAGAUGGUGCAGCCAAAAAUGGACAUUUAAAUAUACUACAAUACCUUGUUGCACAUAUGGGUCAUACUCAUUCGGCCAAAAUUGCCAAUUUGGCAGCUGCUUUUGGCCAUUUGGAUGUAUUGAUUUGGAUACACACCCAUUUAGAACCAAUUAGUAGUCACCGAUUAUUUGGUAAACGGACGAUGGAUAAAGCUGCGGUUAACGGCCAUAUAUCAGUUGUACAAUGGUUACAUCGUAAUAGGACAGAGGGGUGUACCAAAGAAGCAAUUGAUGGUGCAUCUCUUUACGGCCAUAUAUCAGUGGUAGAGUUUUUACAUUUCAACCGUAGUGAGGGAUGUACAGCAACUGCUUUUACUCGUGCCGCUUCCAAUAACCAUUUAUCAGUAGUCCAAUUCCUUCAAACUCACAAACCUGAAAAAUACUCAAAAAGUGUUAUGGAUCAGGCAACUAUUGGCGGGCACGCCCAAGUAUCACAAUAUUUACUUGAACAUGGAUCGGCUGAUCGAUUCACAUCAGAAUCAAUCUACUAUAGUGCAACACAUGGUCAACUACAACAACUUGAAAAAUUAAUUCUUGCAUCCCCCAAUCAACAAGCCAGUUGUGUAAAAGGGAUGCUUUUGUAUUUUGCAUCGGUAAAGGGACGAUACUUUACUAUGGCCUAUUUGCAUAGUCUCCCUGCAUCAAUGUUUACCGAGCCGGACGAUCUGUCACUCUUGGGAGGUGCAUUUAAUCAAGCUGGUUCAUAUUGUCGUCUCUCUACCUUGGACUUUUUAUUAAAGAAUGGUUAUGUAAAUAAUACAAUUCCUAGUCCAUACUGUUACCAGUCUCUCUCUAUUGCAUAUUAUUUAAAACAACAAAAUAGAGUUGGAUCAGCAGCUGCUGAAUCAGCAGAAAAUGAUCAUGAUGGUGGUGGCCAUGACGGUUCAAUCAUUGAUUAUUGUGCAUCAAAUGGACAUUUAACAUCAAUGUCUUAUCUUUUAACAACUGGUGAAACUUUUACAUCAAGAGCUUCAAUCUGGGCUGCUAGAGCUGGUUUCCUUUCAGUUUUAAAAUUUUUAAAAAGAAAUGGUAAAUUGGGAUUAGAAGAAUCAAUGGAUGGUGCAUGUUCAUAUGACCAUUUAUCAUGUAUGAUAUUCCUUGAUCAAAAUUGUGAAAAGGAUCAACCUAGUGGAGGAUGUACAGAAUUGGGUAUUAAUGAAGCAGCAUCAAUUGGUAGUUUAUCAGCUUUAAAAUGGAUCUAUCAUAAUAGACCCGAUGAAUUAAUAUUAAAUAGAAAUGGAGAGGCAAUUAAAAAUGCAGCAUAUUUUGGUCAACUUUCUAUUCUUCAAUUCUUAUUGACUGUACAUCAAGAAAGACAGAUAUUAUAUGUUCAUGGUAAUAGCACUCCUAUUGAUCAAGCAUCAAAACGAGGACAUUUGACUCUGGUACAAUAUCUUCAUAGUCAGAAUCAACCAGCCACCAUCAAUGCCAUAAACGAUGCUGCCAAUGAAGGUGAGCUUACCAUCCUUCAAUUCCUAACUGCCAAUAGAACUGAAGGUGCUAGUACACAUGCAUUGGACAGAGCAUCGGAAAGUGGUCGUCUCUCUAUUGUCCGUUUCCUCAUUGAAAAUCGAUCAGAAAGAUGUACAAAUUGGGGAAAAAGAAAAGCAUUGGAAAAGGAUCAUACUGAAAUCUAUGAUAUCUUAAAUGUUAUCAUUCCAGUAGAUAUUGAUUACAGUGAUGAAACUUCAAGUGAAGAAAGUUAUCAUGGUAAUUAUUCAAUUGAUAAUAUUUCAGAAGAAGUGGAAGAUGAUGAAGAUGAUGAAGAAAUAACAAAUGGUGAAUACCCUAACCAAAGUGAAGAAGAAGAUGAAGAAGAUGAAGAAGAGUAUGAAGAAUAA